AUGUUCAAUGGGAGCAUGGGGAAUCGCUCGUCCGAAGCAUGUGGCGCCGAGACGAGACAAGAAGUUGAGUUGCCAGAUGUUGAGCCUGCAGCUUUUCUGGCUUUGCUCAGAUUCCUUUACACGGAUGAAGUAUCGAUUGGACCAGAAAUCGUGAUGACAACACUCUAUACAGGUAAUCUCAAUCAUGCGCAUUUCUCAGGAUAA